AUGGAUGCGGGAAAGGUUCCUGUCAAGCUCGUGAAGGUCACCAGAGUCCUCGGCCGUACCGGCUCACGAGGUGGUGUUACCCAAGUCAGAGUCGAAUUCAUGGACGACACCAGCCGAAGCAUUAUCCGCAACGUCAAGGGUCCAGUCAAGGUCGAUGACAUUCUCUGCCUACUCGAAUCUGAACGCGAAGCCAGGAGACUGCGAUAA